UGGUCGCCGGCGGCUAGCCGGCCGGCAGCCCUGGCCCGGUCGGAGCUGCGGAACACAAUCGCCCUAGCCGCCCAAGCCUGCAGUGGCUGCGGGCUGAGACUGUCGGCGGGGACCCCAAUGAGUCCUCUCCAGGCGGGGGCUCAGACUGGACGCGGGGCCACUGGCGACGUGUGACCCGACCCCGGCCGCUGCAUCGGCGUUUGUAAGUGUGUGUGGGGCCGAGCCGGCCCUGCACCGCUCUCCCUGAGGCUGCGGAGAGGCGCUCGGCCCGGGGCACUAUGAAGGCCGCAGAGCUUUCCACGGAAACAGCAUCUCCGCUGGAAGCGGCUAGUUGGAGGGCUCUGUUGACAAUAGUGAGGGGGAGAAGCAGAGCUGCCGCUGUCGCUUUACAGCGCCUGUAGGAAUUCAAGGGCGCGAAGUCCCUGCCGGUUCUUGUAUCUGGAACACAGUACCUGUCUCCAUCCCUGACGCUUAAGUAAAAUAGAGAGCUGUCAUCUGGGGGAAACCACUGAGCCAUGGAGGCCGACAUAGUGGCCCCUAUCCAGGAGACCUCUGCUGAAUCUUUAUGUAACCUCAGUAAUCUGUGGAGUAGCCGAAAGCUGAUGAUUGUGGGGGUCUUACUUGGCUGGCUACUAGUCAUCCACCUUCUGGUCAAUGUGUGGCUUCUGUGUCUUCUCUCAGCAUUGCUAGUGGUGCUGGGAGGCUGGCUGGGAUCCAGCUCCAUUGUGGGGCCUUCAGGUCGACUACAUCUGGAGCGCUUCAUCCCAUUGGCCACCUGUCCUCCAUGCCCUGAGGCAGAAAGGCAGUUGGAGCAGGAGAUCAACAGCACCAUCCAGAUGAUUAUUCGGGAUUUUGUAUUAUCCUGGUAUCGUUCGGUAAGCCAGGAACCAGCCUUUGAGGAAGAGAUGGAGGCAGCCAUGAAAGGGUUAGUGCAGGAGCUUCGGAGGAGGAUGGGUAUGGUGAACAGUCAUGCUCUUGCCCAAAGGGUUCUGACUCUCUGUGGUUGUCAUCUGCAGAGCUACAUUCAGGCAAAGGAGACCACUGCAGAGAAGCAGAGUGGUCCAGUACAACCUUCCCAGCUCUGGGAGGCUUACUGCCAGGUUACUGCCCCCCAUCCUGCUGUGCACAGUCCUAGUACAGAGGUCACCUAUACCCGUGGCAUUGUGAAUUUGUUGCUUCAAGGGCUAGUGCCCAAGCCCCACUUGGAGACUAGAACUGGACGCCAUGUAGUGGUUGAACUCAUUACUUGCAAUGUAAUCUUACCACUGAUCAGCAAGCUGUCAGAUCCCGACUGGAUCCACCUUGUACUUGUGGGUAUCUUUUCCAAGGCCAGAAAUGAUUCAGCAAAAGUGGAUAAAUCACUCUGCCCACCCAGUUCCUUGGAACAGCCCUCCGUGCCCACAUCUCUGCCACUGAUUGUGGCAGAGGUAGAAAGUCUGCCAGAACAAAGAGCUCCUUCUCCACUAGAAGCCCCAGUGCUCCUAAACUGCAGUGAGCCAGGCCCCUCCCCAGAGGUUGAAGAAGGCCAUGAAGCUGUAGAGGCAGAUAUGACUGGGAUACUUGAAGAAAGAAAAGUAGGAAGCAACUCAUCUCAUUUCCUACAGCCAGAUAUUCGAGGCCCCCUGUUCUUAUGUGAAGACUCAGAACUGGAGUCUCCACUGUCUGAACUGAGCAAAGAAACCAUCAUGCUCAUGACCCCAGGCAACUUCCUCUCUGACAGGAUCCAGGAUGCCUUAUGUGCCCUAGAGGAUUCCCAGGCUCUAGAGCAAAAGGAAGGUGAGGGAACUGAGGGCAAUGAAGGAGUAGAGACUGAGGAGGGUUCAGGGACAGAAACAGGCAUACUGGUCACCAUGCUGAACUCUUGCCCAGAAAUCCAGAUUGACCCAGCAGACAAAGAGGUAGAAGAAGGAGAUGUCACCUCUCUUACAGCUUUGUUGGAGGAACCAAAAAAGAUCCAGCCCCUGCGACCCUCAUGCUUGGAUAAUAAGGAUCUCAUCAAUGAUGUGAGCUCCCUUGAUCCAACUCUGCCACCAGUUACACUUUCUUCCUCUCCACCUGGUCCUCUCAGCUCCACCACUUUCAGCUUUGAGCCCCUGAGCAGUCCAGAUGGCCCAGUUGUCAUCCAGAACCUUCGUAUCACUGGCACCAUUACUGCCCGAGAGCACAGUGGCACUGGAUUCCACCCAUAUACACUCUACACUGUGAAGUAUGAGACAGCCUUUAACGGUGAGAACAGCAGUGGCCUGCAGCAGCUGGCCUACCAUACUGUGAACCGACGCUACCGGGAGUUCUUGAAUCUGCAGACCCGUCUGGAGGAGAAACCAGAUCUACGAAAGUUCAUCAAAAAUGUGAAGGGUCCUAAAAAGCUCUUUCCAGAUCUUCCAUUUGGGAACAUGGAUAGUGACAGAGUGGAAGCCCGAAAGAGCCUUCUGGAAUCAUUCCUCAAGCAACUCUGUGCCAUUCCUGAAAUUGCUAACAGUGAAGAGGUGCAGGAAUUUCUUGCUCUGAAUACAGAUGCUCGCAUUGCCUUUGUCAAGAAACCAUUCAUGGUCUCCAGAAUAGAUAAGAUGGUGGUGAGUGCUAUUGUGGACACCUUGAAGACAGCAUUUCCUCGCUCUGAACCCCAGAGUCCCACAGAAGAGCUGAGUGAGGCCGAGAAUGAAAACAAGUCCCAGACAGAAGGCAAGAAGGCUAGCAAGUCCAGACUCAGGUUCUCAUCCAGUAAAAUUUCUCCAGCCCUGAAUGUAAAUGAAGUACAUGAAAGGAUUCUCUAUUGUCUCCAGGAUCGCAAUGUGGAGUCAGAGAUCUUAUCCAUGUCUGGGAUGGAAUCCUUUAUUGAAAAGCAGACAAAGUUACUGGAAAUGCAGCCAACAGAAGUUCCAGUAAAAGAUCCAGAACAAAUUUCCAAAGACUAUGUGGAUGAUUGCUUGUCAGGUACAGCCAUGCUAUCCCAGGACCUCAGCAGCAGUGAUGCAGGAACAGAGACAGAGUUAGCUGACACAGCCCUGGAUCUGAUCCUCUUGCUGUUAAUGAAACAGUGGAAAUGGCUAUGUACUGAAAACAUGCAGAAAUUUCUUCGUCUUAUCUUUGGGACCCUAAUUCAAAGGUGGCUAGAAGUGCAGGUAACCAAUCUCACAUGUCCACAGCACUGGGUGCAGUACCUCCGACUUCUUCGGGAAUCUAUCUGGCCUGGCGGAGUUCUUCCCAAGUUUCCACGGCCUGUAAGGACUCAGGAGCAGAAAGUGGCUACUGAGAAACAGGCUUUGCAGAGCCUAAUGGGAGUCCUGCCAGAUUGUUUAGUAGAAAUCCUGGGGGUGAAUAAAUGCCAGCUGAGCUGGAGUCUAGUCUUGGAGUCACUACAGCAACCCCUCAUCAACAGACAUUUGAUUUACUGCCUUGGAGACAUCAUCCUAGAAUUCUUGGAUCUCAGUGCAUCUGUUGAGGAGUCUGCCUCAAUCACUUCUGCCUCAGAUACCCCAGGCAUCCCUAGAAGGAUGGGAGUCUCCCCUUAGCUAGGGGUUAUUCACGUGUUCUUCGCAGGUCGAGAAAGAAGAGUUACCCACCCAGAGACCAGUCAGGAUGCCUAUACCUCUGGAACCAGCUUAGAAGGCUUAGGUCUCGGUGGCUCAUUUCUCCCCCCAGUCUCACUCCAAUUGUAGCAGGUGAUGGGGUAUAUAUGUACAAUCGCAUGCAUAUUCACUUCCAUGACUUUUUUUGUGGUGUUUGGACUGUUGCUAGUGGGUAGAUUCUGUGUACUUUGGAAAACGAAGCUGUGAAAUAGAAAAAUGAGCCCCUUUUUCUUCUCCUUUUGCCCUCCUCCCUUAGACUGCCAGAAACCUGACCCUGUGUCUACAUGUGCCUAAUCUACCAACACACAGCCCUGGAAAGAAUAAGAAAAAAAAAAACUAUAACCAGAUAGCCUCUGGAGGAGAAAACAAUCUUUUGAGCUCUCUGUUCCCACCUGGAAACUAAAAAUUCAUUCAGGGCCACUCUUGAAAGCCAGAUCCCUGGUCUUACCUAGUUUCCUAACAAUUCCAGAAGAAGAGGGAAGGAAAAUAUUUCUUAAGGGAUUUCUCGCACAUUGGCUGUUGUCCAGCACAGCAGCCUUAUAGAGGGUGCCGUGAAGGCUGCUUCCCUGGGUGGCUACACUUUUCCUGUCCAGAAGGUUUCAAAGCAAACUGCCAGAACUUCUGGUAAAUCCACUCCACCCUUCACACCCUUUCCUGAAAAGGAUUUGCCCCACGGAUUUUAUUUAUUAGCUUUCCUCCCAACCCCCUGCCCAAAAACCAUUGAGUUAUUGGAUUUGUGACCUUCCUUCUGUCUUCAACAAAAUCACAUGGGAAGUUAUAUAUUCAGCCUCACUGUUUCCAAAGAAAAGGGAAAGUGCUUGCUCCAUGGCUGGGGAUACUCAGAAACUCAGAGAAUGAAGAUUUCUCUCUUCAUAAGUCUUCAGCAGAAAUUUUUUACUCUGAACAGAUACUAUUAGCAGACUUGCAGGAAUUAGUUUUUACUUCCUGCUCCUUAAUGAUCUAGUUAGUCUUUAAGAACCAAACAAUGAAGGCAGGGUGCUCCAGCAGACUGUAGUGUCCACUAAAAGAUGGAACAGUUCAAAGGAAUUGCUGGUAGAAAAGGGACCAUGUGAAGUCACAAGAGAUGUGCUGCCUAUUCAAUGUACAUGAAUAUCUGGUGAAAGAGGUUUCUAGGGUGCCACCAGGAGACCAUGGCUGACCCGUCAGCCCUCUGACAGCACACCUGCCUCUUUGUACCCUGUUUUUACUGAACCAUGAGGAGAUCUCACUUAGAGAAGAGUUAGACUGAUGAGAAUGGGUUGGAGCAUCAAGAACUAGCAUCGGGGUUUUUGUAGGCUUUGAAGUAGGUAACGAGCACACAAUUAAAGUUGUUGUUCAUAGAAAAAAGUUGUGAAACCAUGUUACUUUUUACCUCCUCUGGUGGCUCCUAAUCAUAAGUUAUGUUAUGAUGUAAUCAAGAGGCUUAGGUAUGCUAUUCUCACCUAAGGCCUAGGAAAUGAAUAAGAUAAUCACUCAUGACCCCUUCUGGCCUUAAAGUUGAUUAUCACAGUGACUUGGCUCUAAAGUUCUGGAAGCAUUUUCCACCCUAGACUUUUGCAAUGAGGGUAGCUUGUGGAAUUGCAGGGGUCUGGCAAGGUACCUUAAAGCCGAUCCUAUGGCUCUUUCAGUGAGGACCAUUCUAUUCUGGAUAGGUGGAGAUAGGCAGCCCUGGUUUCUGCUACCCUUCUUUUCACAUACUUUCCCCUCAUGUACCUGUACACCUAGGUUGCUUUAAAUUUGCUCUCAGUUCUGGCUCAGAUGUGGCACAAAGUCAGUAGAUGAUAACCUGACACACCAUAAGAUUCCUACAGCAGUGAAUUUUGAGGAAUCUUUUGACACUUCCAGCCCAGAAAAAUUUGCUUGUGUUUCAUGUUAUCUAAGAGAUCCCACCUCUACUCCAUCUGCCCUCAAAAGAUCAGCUAUCUUCCCAGUCCAUUGGAAGGAAUUGGGAGAGUCUAGACAGAAAGCUUGUCAGUCCACCUCUGAUCCUAAAUACAUAACCACUGUACUACACUAUACUAAGCUACCUUUUAUCUACAGAGAAAAAUAAAACCAGAUUUUCACUUUUAAGGAGUCUAUAACACAAGAGCUAGCAAAUUUAUGUGUUUGUUUUAGAGGAGGAAAAGUUCAUUUUGGCUCACAAUUUCAGAGGUCUCCUUCCAUAGAUGGCUGACUCCAUAGCUCUAGGCCCAAGGUGAAGCAGCACAUCAUGGCAGAAGGUUGUGAUGGAGGAAACCAGGAGCUACGAAACUUUUUCUGUAUAGGGUUAGAGAGUAAAUAUUUCAGCCUUAAUGGCUAUCUGGUCUCUAUUGUAACUAUGCAGCUCUUCCAUUGUAGCAUGAAAACAGGCAUCAACAACUCACAAGUAAGUGUAGCACUGUUCCAGUAAAACAUGAUUCACAAAAUCAGGCAACUGAUCGGAUUUGACCCACAAGUUGUAGUUUGUAGAACUAUAGUCUGGUAAGUUAAAAUAGUGCUUAUCAAACUUGCACAUGCCUGCAGUUCACCUGGGAUCUUGGAAAAAUAUAAGUUUCAAUUCAUUCUUUGGAAUGAAAGUACUAGUGCCAUGCUAUGAAAAUGUCCGUGACAUGCUUAUCUCACCCCUUCACUGGGCGAGGAAGCAGUUGGAGAUGCCUGCCCUCAGGAACCCAUUCAGCCAAACUGCCCUGGCAGGGCUCAGUGUCCAAGGACCCUCAGCACCUGCUGCUUGUCCCUUGCAGUGGAGCAAGAUGUGUUUUCCCAUGAUGAAGAGAGGACGGUUAGUCAUUCUUCUGAAUAGGAAAGGAGACAGGAACCAGGGAAGGAGUGGUAAUUGGAGAGGAAGGGAAACCAUGAUGCUUUUGUAGUUGAAGGCCCAACUGGGCAAUCUCUGCCAUAACUUGGCCCCUCUGUUUCCUUUCCACUGGAAAUGCCAGAAAUCAUAGGGCAGUUAUUGGCUUUGUGGAUAAGAGAAUGAAACCAGUGAGGGGUGAAUUUGAGCUGGCAAAUGUUCACUCAAGAGAGAUGGAUACACACUAACAGGAUUUCUCAGGAGAAAAGUGGUGAGGGAGACAUUGCCCCAAACAUUAUAUCCACACCCUGAACCUUAUCUGAUUGUUCUCAUUACACAAAGACAAUGCUAGCCACUUUAAAAAAAAAAAAGUAUAUACGUACAUAUCUAAACCCAAAAGAAUGUUUAAGUGUCAAUCAAGAAACAAGUGAAUCUCAUCAAGUGAAGCCUUUUCCUGCUGUGGCUCAAUGGCAGCAAUGAGGGAAGCAGACACAGUGGCAGAGGAAACAUGGGCACCAACAGUCACCUUGGCAGAUACACUGAGCUAUUCUCAGACUUACUGAGCCUUCUUACUGCCUCCCUCUCACUUCUCACCAGUCUCUGGUCUAAUGUUUUCUUGGAAGUGAAAACAAGCAUGUGACAGGAUGCAGAGAACUGGCUUUGAUAUCUGACACAAUCGUACUUCUCCAUGUCUUCACUCCAGACUUCACCAGCAAGCAUUUUUGUAGGAGUCACUAGCAGUUACUGGAUUGGGAGGAAAGAAUGAAGGAAAAAAAAAAAAAAAAGGGAAA